AUGAGGGUGACCCUCAAUUCCGGACGCCAGCAGCUUCUAGGCUCACGCAAAGUCCCAGGAAGCCUCUGCCGUGCAAAUAGAUGGCUUCCUUCAGGGCCUGUGAGCCCAUCAGCUGCGUCCGCUUCUGUUCCUCUCCUCCUCGUUACCCCAAGCUUCGCCCACUGGCUUGAUUCUUCUAGCCCCUUCUUGUCGCAAUUUCUCAGUCGCCUGUACGGAAACUCCUCCGGGGGUGAUACUCUUUAUGUCGUUGCAGCUGUGGUUGACACACUCCCAAAUACUAAAUCCGAAAGCCCAAAUUCAAGCGAGUCCGAAGGCCUGUCGCUUCUGGCAGUAGGACAAUCAGGUGUCCAGGCAAAGGCUGCACCGCCCCGUCUCAUUCGAAGCUCUGCCAGCGAAGAAACAAAUCUCUUGUUUUCAUUCCAAACCAAAGUGAUUGGUCAAACCAGCAAGGGACCUGCCCACGAGAUUGGAUUGCGCCUAGCGAACACUAUAUUCGUCAAUGGGAGAGAAACAACAAUCUUUGGUACACGCUGGCUUUGGGAUAAAGCCUCAAACGGAUAUUCUUUGGACAGUUCGAUCAAUCUCACAAGCUGCAUGUUUACGGCAACUUCCCAGGCCGUAGAUACCGCAUUGGAAUUGCCAUUGCAUCAAGUCACUGAACGACGAAGAGUCAUGACUAGCAUGGGGAAUAUUUUACGGCAACUGGCAAAAUCAACGGAUGCGACGUCGACGGACACAAUACCUGCUUCGUCGGAGCUCGAGAAGGAGCUUCCCCGCUAUAUCGCAGAACAUAAUAUCGUUGACCAGCGUGUAUCUGUAUGGGCGCUUGUUGAGAAACCUGACUUGGAGGUGGCCGAUUCAGGUUCAUCUACCCAGGAUCGCUUGAUCCAAUCUCUGCAUCAAGGUGGGAAACUGCACCGUGUCAUGAGUGGUGGAGGUGGAUGGGGAAAGAAGCAAGGCCUUCUUUCGCUGGAUCCCGAAGUCAGCUUCUCGGGGACUGCCAAUCGAGACGAUCUUGUCGCAUUGAGUCAAGUUUUCGAUCCUGAUACCGCACAGUUGGACACACUCCCUUCUAUUGAUGAGGGAAUUACUGUAGAUGAUCUGUCUCUACUUUCACAGGUUGCUACCGCAGGUGAUUAUAUUCAGUUCUUUGUGUCGGUACAACCGACUGGGGCACAGGGCAAAAUUUUGAGCAAUCAUGACUCGCAGGAAGAGCCUGUCAGCUAUCACUUUGGAAUGGUAGCUGAUUCGAUGGAAUUUGAGACUCAUGAAACGGACGAGGACAGCAAUGGGAUUAUUUCUCUGCCUCAUACCUUUGGAGCAUUGUCCGAGAAGGCGAUUGCCUACUCCCAACCCAUCAAAGGAGAGAUGGUAUCAGAGUCGUGCACAAAGCUGAAUAUUCCAGGAUGUCGAGUUAUUCUCGAAACUGUAUAA